AGAAAUGGCAGACAUGGAUCAUCUCCAACUACCGGUCAGUCGGCCACUUGAACUGAACCUCAACGAGCUGGAGUUUACGCCACCUGUCUCAAAACCAAUUUAUCUGGAGCAUUCGCCCGGUCUCAGCCAAAAAAUCAAAGUUCCUAAGAAGAGAUACUCCUAUGCUGACCCACUGGAACGAAUGGACACUCCAAAAUUCGACAAGACAGAAACUAGCCAGGCAAAAAAGGGCCCGUCAUCAGCUGCUACCGUCUUGACAAUGGCUGGACUUUUCGUCGUUGCUAUCUUGCUCAUGAUGAGCGGAAUCAUUGUCCUCAUAGCACACACCGAGACUCCAUUCAUCAUCACUGGCUGCCUAUUUUUGGGAGUUGGCUUCGCUAUGCUGCUCGUCUGCGGUGUGCUUCAACGUAAAAAUGUGAUCAAGUACGUACUAGAUCUGGACCGGGAUCUCUACUUCCUCAACAUCAACAAAAGCUACAUGUGGAAAGUGAUGUUCGAGAACAGAUCGGCUUUGCCACUAUCGGAGUGAACAAAAUUGUUGCGAGUUUUACACGUACAGAGAAGGGAAAAUGUGUUGGUUUUUUCCUAAAAAGGGGGCUUAUUUGUACUUUAGGUAUUAAUGUCAUCGGGUUUACUUAUUAACCAACAGAACAUUUACAGUGCACCUUUACAUCAUAUCUCGGACAUUUUACCUCAGUAAGCAUUUCCAUUUGCAUUUCUGCAUAAUAAAGA